AUGGCCACUAAGAUUUCCAUUGCCUUCGCCUUUGCCUUGCUCACCAUUGUGCUCGUUCGAGCAGCACCAUUCCACGGUGGUCAUGAUGGUCAUGGUGGUCAUGGCGGAGCCACCAGUCACGCAUCUGUGCACCUGGUCUCCCACGACGACCACCAUGACGGAGGCCACCAUGGAGGCGGAGGGGAUCACCAUGGAGGGCACCAUGGUGGUCAUCAUGGCGACCAUCAUGACUCCCAUGCCGAGUACCACUUCAAGUACGGAGUCAAGGACCCCAAGACGGGCGACGUGAAGGAGCAAAGCGAGUCAAGGGAUGGCCACAAGGUGACUGGACACUAUGAGCUGAUCGAUGCCGAUGGCCACAAGCGUACUGUCCACUACACAGCCGACAAGCACAAGGGCUUCGAGGCGCAAGUGCAUCGCGAGAAGGUGCACCACCACGUGCCCGUCCACCACGGACACAGCGGCUACACAGGCGGAAAAGUCGAGUUCGAGGAGCAUUCCGUGUCGGGCCACGCAGACUACUCUGGCCAUGGCCAUGAGCACUACCACUCGCAUGGCCACGAGGGCGGACACCAUGGCUCCAGCUCUCACGGCUUCUCGCUGAAGCAGGAGCAUGGACAUGGACACGGACACGGACACGGACAUGAUGCUGGUAACGAUGAAGGAUAUGAACACUCUUACGGCGGACACGAACACAGCUAUCAUUAA